AUGUUAGAUUCCCAACUGGGAAGCAUCGCCCCUUGCGUGCAGUGGGGCGGGCCCGGCGCUUGGCCAGGGCGAUCCUCUCUCUUCUUCUGUCUGGGAUGUGGUGUUCCAAUCCUUCCUUGAUUCUCUCAGUCGGCGCAACAUUGCGCUGACUAUCACUCUUCCGGAGCUGGCUCCUCGUCCGCAGACUCGAUGCAUCACCAAUUUGGCGUUCGCGGAUGACGCCGUCGUCGCUGUCGCUGGACCGGAAGCUAUUGCUUCGCUCGAGGCGUUAGCUCGGGAUCGGCGACUCGCGACGAACGGCCGUCUAAACACCGACAAAACCGUGGUGAUGCCAUUGGGCGCGACGUUGUGGGAUCGCGCGGACUUGUCCAAACUGUCGUUCGUGGCACCGGACGAGUCUCUUCCCUGGAUCGGUCUCUAGUUUGCGCCUGACGGCAACAACAGGCUGGGAUUCCAUGAUCUUGAGCGAAGGGUUGAUCGAGUGAUUCUAUUGGUGCGCGACCGAUGGAUGACGCACCAUACCCGGGCUUUCUAUCUCAACCGCUACGGCAUCUCCAAGGUGCUGCACUCUCUCUCCGCCGACAUACCGCCAUCCGACGUGAUCAAGGUGAUCGAGCGCAAGCUUGCUGACUUUGUGAAGGGAGGACCGCGGCCCGGCGACUACAAGCAAUCGGUCGUCUUCACGGCACGGGCGCGAGGUGGUCUCAGCGUCUUGAGCAUCCAAGAUGUGGUGGAUUCUUUUUUUUUUUGUAGAAAACGUUCAUCAUAUUGCCCCCAGUUCCUGUUCCCCCUGUUUCGGCCUACGGAAAAACUAGAUGGAAGACUACGAUGA